UAAAGGUGAAGUGUGUAAUUUUUUGUUGUUUAUAUUCUUGUAUUAGUAUCCAACUUUUUAUGCAGAGACUUUAAACAAAACAUAAAUAUAACUUUGUAUCAGUUUUUAAAGCUGCACUAUAGAACUUUGUGCUUUCUAGAUUCAUCUGUGUUUAAAACCUAAAAUUGUAAGCAACUUGUGGAGGAACAUUUUACGUCAGUUGUGAUUGGGCACUGCUCUUCUGUGCAGAUGGAUAUCAUGGUUUGAUGGCUCAGAGAUAUUUACCUGCUGAACAUAAGUCAUGACAUGCUAUGUUCAUGUUGAUAUUAUGUUAUUAGUUGAAAUAUUUAUAACCAAGACAUUGCUUACUUUGCGGAAGAUGAACAGCACUCUUAAUUACAUUUUUAAUAUGAUGAUUCAAGUGUAUUUUCCACUACACAUUAGUGAUUGUAUUGUACUACACAAUCAAUUUAAGUUGUGAAACUCAUGAAAUGGCUGAUAUGAGUUUGGUUGAAGACACUUAUUUUUAUAUUACAAUCUACAGCCAAAGUGGACAAUGCAAGUGAACCGUAAUAUUACAAUAGUAGGUCUAUGCACUAAUAAAUAAUGAUAGGGGAUGAAAUUACUUUAUUGACCAUGAAAUUAAUAAGCAGAAAUCUGCAAUAUAAUAACUAUAAUUAACAAAAAAUAAUACAAACUUUAAAUCGUUUCUUUGGCAGUGAAGUUGAGAGAGAUGGUUAACCCACUAAACAAAUGAGUUGCCUAUACAUUCCAGUGCUAUGAAAUCAAUACAUCAUAAUCAACUUUAGAUGAGUAUACAUUCGUGGGGAACUACCUUGUACCUGUGGCUUUUAGAUGAAAUUUAAAAUGUUCUACCCUGUUUAGAUUAUAAAAGGACAAUCGAAUAUGACAACGUAUGCAUUUCUGCGACUGGGGUAAAAUAAAAGUAAGAAAACAGCAUCACACACACACUUAGGGAGGAACACAAAUACAUGGAGAACCUCAAAAAAAAAUUGCACUAAAUCCUACCUGACAACUUUAAAUAAAAAUCAUUAUUGUAGGCUUACUGUAGUGAAUUUGGGUAAGACAAGACAUGGUUUUGAACACGGAUUAUUUUAUAAUUAACUCUUGUUAAUUGUAACCAAAUAAAUCUGACAUAGUGCAGCUUUAAAUAACACAUUUCUCCUUUAAAAGAGUAGUUAACCUACAAUUGUAAAUCUCCAAUCAUUUACUCACCUUUAUGCCAUCUUAAACAUGUAUAACUUUCUUUCUUCUGCAGAAUAGAAGCAAAGAUAUUUGAAUAUGUAUAUGAGGUAUUUUUGUAGAUACAAAGCAAGUCAGUGCGGUCCAACACUUUCAAGCUCCAAAAGGGACACAAAGGCAGCAUAAAGUUGACUCACCCAGUCACCUUAAAUGUUGGAGGUCAUCUCUACACCACCUCUGUCUCCACUCUACAACGUUAUCCAGAUUCCAUGCUGGGGGCCAUGUUCCGUGGCGACUUCCCCACCACACGGGAUGGUCACGGCAACUACUUCAUAGAUCGGGACGGGACGCUUUUCCGCUACAUAUUAAACUUCCUACGCACAUCCGAGCUCACUCUUCCUGUUGACUUCAUGGAGGUGGACCUUCUGCGUAAAGAAGCUGACUUCUAUCAGAUUGAGCCAUUAAUUCAAUGCCUCAAUGACCCAAAGCCUCUCUACCCUCUGGACACCUUUGAACAGGUGGUGGAGUUGUCCAGCACCCGUAAGCUCUCUAAGUACUCAAACCCCGUAGCAGUUAUUAUCACACAACUAACCAUAACCACCAAGGUUCACUCACUGCUCGAGGGAAUAUCUAACAACUUCACCAAAUGGAACAAACACAUGAUGGACACAAGAGACUGUCAGGUGUCUUUCACCUUUGGACCAUGUGACCACCAUCAAGAGGUGUCUCUUAGGGUCCACCUCAUGGACUACAUCACUAAACAGGGAUUCACAAUUCGGAACACACGAGUGCACCACAUGAGCGAGCGUGCCAAUGAAAAUACAGUGGAGCAUCAUUGGACUUUCUGCAGGCUAGCUUAUAAAGUAGAGGAUUGACCAAUUCAUGAAUGUGAACUGUGGAACUGCCAUUUUAAAUGUGGUCGCUGCUGUUUCCAGUGCUAAGUUUUAAUCUGUAUAAAUUCCAUUGUCAGUUGGGAACAAGCUCAUUUAUGUUGGGAAAAGAAAAAGUGAAUGAAACAUAAAUUAUUACAUAAUGCAAUGCAGAAUAUUAUUAAAGGGAUAGUUCACCCAAAAAUGAAAAUUCUCCCAUCAUUUACUCACCCUCAUGCCAACCCAGAUGUGUUUGACUUUCUUUCUUCUGCAGAACACAGGUUUUUAGAAGAAUAUUUCAGCUCUGUAGGUCCAUACAAUGCAAGUGAAUGGGUACCAAAAAAAAUUAAGCUCCAAAAAGCACAAAGGCAGCAUAAAAGUGACACAUAUAACUCCAGUGGUUAAAUCUAUAUAUAUAUGUGUAGAAGAGUAACAGAUCAAUAUUUAAGACCUCUUUAAAUUCUCCUCCCUGCCCAGUAGAUGGUGAUAUGCACAAAAAAUGCAAAUCUCCAAAAACAAAAGAUGAAUGUGAAAGUGGAGAAUUAUAGUAAAAAAAGGAUUCAAAUAUUGAUCUGUUUCUUACCCACACUUAACAUAUCACUUCUGAUUACAUGGAUUUAACCACUGGAGUCAUAUGGAUUACUUUUAUGUUUCCUUUAUGUGCUUUUGGAGCUUCAAAAUUUUGGUUGCCGUUCACUUGCGUUGUAUGGACCUAAAGAGCUGAAAUAUUCUUCUAAAAAUCAUUGUUUGUGUUCAGCAGAGGAAAAAAAAUCACAUCUUGGAUGGCAUGAGAGUAAGUAAAUGUCUAAAACAAAAAGUCUAACACGCAUGAUUAUUAUGAUAAAAUAUGAACACGUUUGCAGUACAUAUACAAAGGAUACCCAAAAUACUUGCAGUAAUAUAUGAAAACCGUUACCACAAUUGUGUAGACAAAUUAGUAUCACCUGAAAUUAUGUUACAGGUAUUCAUCCCAUCAGGUUAUAAUUCUGUCUAACAUUGUGCACCACGUGCAACAUCAGUAUGAUAACAUGCAUGUA